GAAAAGUGUGCUAACAACAAUGUAUUAGUUCGGUUCGAUCAUCAUCAUUACGAGAGUGGUUUGUUGAAGGAGAACAACAGAGAGGAAGGUGCAUUUUUAUGUGAAGUGAAGUGAACCCAUUUGCCAGCACACACACAAGACCAUGCCACUCUCGUGAGAUAAACGAAAGGAGAAUUUUUUUUUUUUUUUUUCUAUAGUCCGUACCUUACCCUAUGCAGUUCCUCUUACACCGUCCAUUGUCCUAGUUCACCCACCAGUAUCCCCAAUUUCCAAGGGGACCCAUUUUUUCCACUGCAUUUUUGAAUCUCCUUUUAGUGCAGUUAAGCGAUAACUAACCUCUAAUGAUCAUAAUAAGCGUUAAAUGCACGUCGAGACAGUUUCAGCAAGUUUCUCUCACCCAUUACCCCAAAUGUUGUUUUCCCUCUCUGGGUUUCACUCACCGUGUCCCGAUCUGGUUGGGUUUGAGCUUUAUCUGAUGAGAAAAGUGAGAAAAGUUCCGAUUCUUGGGCGUGAUUGGCAAGUUGGUUCCCCAACAGAUCUGAGUCUCUGUAAAGAUAUUUGCAGAAAGGAUCUCCUUUGUAUAUAAUUUGGUACCAUUUUUGAUUCUUUGUUCCGCUGAACCCGGAACACAUGAUUGGCAAGGUUGUCUCUAAGGUUGUCGAAUCUGGUUAGCUUGAUGAAGUUUUCGAUCAAUGUGGUCCAAUAGGGAAAGUUAGUUAGGGUGAAUGGAUGAUUGUGAAUCAGGGCAAGCAUCAAGGAAGAGCAAAGCCGCGGAGAGCCCAAGAGUAAGACCACCGCUGGUUCUGGCAGAAAAGAACAAUGCAACCACAACAGCCACCACCAGGCGUUCGACAACAAGGGAAGUUAGUUCUAGAUAUAGGUCACCUACUCCUGCUACUCCAUCUAGUACUCGUAGAUGUCCAUCACCAAACCUUACAAGAACAACCUCUGCAUCAACCUCAUCAACAACCUCGUCAACCUCACAGUUGUUUCCAAAGAGGUCUCUCUCUGCAGAAAGGAAGAGGCCUUCAACUCCUCCAUCUCCAACUGCACGAAGACCUUCUACACCGACCAAUGAUUCAUCUGGGGAUGGGAAAUUGUUGUCCAGAAGGGUCGCAGGUACAGGUAGUCGUUUGCCAGACAGUCUAUGGCCUUCCACUAUGCGAAGUCUGAGUGUUUCUUUUCAGUCAGAUACCAUUUCCAUACCUGUUAGCAAGAAAGAGAAGCCGGUUGCUAGUGCUUCUGAUCGCACUCUGCGACCGUCUUCAAAUGUGGCGGCGGCGGCGCACAAGCAGGCUGAAACUCCAACCGGAAGAAAGCCUACGCCGGAGAGAAAGAGGAGUCCUCUCAGAGGGAAGAAUGCCUCUGAUCAGUCUGAGAAUUCAAAGCCAGUAGUUGAUAGCUUGUCUUCUCGGUUGAUAGAUCAGCAUCGUUGGCCCAGUAGGUUAUCUGGGAAGGUUUUCUCUAAUGCAUUGAACAAAAGCUUUGAUUGUGCUGCGAUGAACAACACUUCAGUUUCUUCACCGAGAAGGUUGUCUAUAUCAGAUGAAUCAUGUAAACCCUUGCAAAGGUCUUCUAGUGAUGCUGUAAGGCUGGUAUCACUUGUUGGAAGUGGCAGGGUGAGAUCAGUUGAUGACUGCUCUCCACGGGAAUUGAGACCUCACAAAUCUGCUUCUGCAACUACAAUUGCAUUGGCUGGAGUCAGAUCUCAAUCCUUCUCAACAACUCCAGGAUCACGAGUGUCUUCACCUAGUAAGACCUCAGUGCUAUCCUCUUCUACUUCAAGAGGUGUCAGUCCAUCUAGGUCAAGACCGUCAACUCCUCCUUCUAGAGGGGCCAGUCCAUCUCGAAUUAGGCCAACCAAUUCAUCCAUUCGAUCAAACAAUUCAAUUUCAGUGCUCAGCUUUAUUGCUGAUUUUAAAAUGGGGAAAAAGAGUGCAUCCUACAUAGAAGAUGCUCACCAAUUACGGCUUCUCUACAAUAGAUACUUGCAAUGGAGGUUUGCCAAUGCAAGAGCUGAGGAUGUUCUUUAUAUCCAAAACGCAAUUGUGGAGAAAACUCUCUAUAAUGUAUGGAUUACUAGUUUGUCCUUGUGGGAGUCUGUGCUUAGGAAGAGGAUCAAUCUUCAGCAGCUGAAGCUUGACCUUAAGCUGAAUUCUGUUUUGAAUGAUCAGCUGAUGACCUAUCUUGAUGAUUGGGCUGUACUUGAAAGAGACCAUAUUGAUGCUCUAUCGGGAGCCGUGGAAGAUUUGGAGGCCAGCACUCUUCGUCUUCCUGUAACUGGAGGAGAAAUUGCAGAUAUUGAGCAUUUGAAGGUUGCUAUCUGUCAAGCAGUUGAUGUCAUGCAAGCAAUGGGAUCUGGUAUCUGUUCCUUGCUCUCAAGGGUUGAGGGCAUGAACAGUUUAAUUUCUGAAGUUGCUGUCAUAGCAGUUCAGGAAAAGACCAUGCUUCAUGAAUGUGAAAUGCUAAUGGCUUCAGUAGCAGCUAUGCAGGUUGAGGAAAGUAGCCUUUUGACACAUCUUAUGCAAAUCAAGUAAGCUUUGGGGGCAAACCAGUAACCAAUUUGGGAACCUGACCUGCUGCUUAGCUAACAAGUUAUAACUCAUUUCUUGCAGUUUCUGCCAUAGUAUCCAUAUCUAAAAUCUUUCAGGUUAUUUACUUUGUAAAUUUUCGAAUAGGUUUUUUUUUUUUUUUUCCAGUUAAACAUGCUGGAAUCCAUAGUUUUAUUACCCCUUUUUUCUUCUUCUUUUCCCCCAAUACUAGAGGCCAUAGGUUUCAACUUGUAAUUUUUUUACUAAGAUAAGGAAAAGGAAAUGAAAAGCAAUGGAACAAAAUAUCAUUCAAAUUUAUGUUUUGCUAUUACCAUAUUUAUCAAUAGUCAUGUAAUUUUACAGCACAAAAACAUCUCUGUUGAGGUUAUAAGUUACACA